UUGCACCGCCAUAUUGCGGCGUUUCUAUUGUGGGUUCAUGGAUGCGGUUGCCUUCACCGAUACACUCUUGUAUCUUUGACAAUUAAGCACUGUUAAUUAAGUAUUCCAUGGGAAUAUUUUAUUUUUGCAAGAUCUAUCGUUUGCUUAGAUUUGUUUUAAAUGUCAAGGAGACGGCAUAACGAUGAAAAUGACGGUGCGCUGUGACUGGUACGUGUACACGGUGCUCUCCUGCCUCCCCUGGGUGGGGAAGGAGCUGCACGAGAAGAAGGACGUGGAGAUGGACCGGCUGCUCAACCAGAUCGAAGGAUACCUCAAACAGAGGAUACAGCUUCAACCCGCUGAAGAUCGACGUGUUCCUGCAGACUCUGCUCCACCUGGCGGCCAAGUCCUUCAGCCACUCCUUCAGCGCCCUGGCCAAGUGCGUGCAGCCCCCCGCAACUGCCCCCGUGCAACUUCCCCUGCCCAACUGCCCCUACCCCAACUUCCCGACUGCCCUGCCACACUGCACAACUGCCCCCGCGCAACUCCCCCUGCGUAACUGCCGCACCCCAACUGCCCCACCUCAACUUCCCCACUGCCCUGCCACACUGCACAACUGCCCCAGCGCAACUGCCCCUGCAUAACUGCUCCACCCCAACUUCCCCACUGCCCUGCCACACUGCACAACUGCCCCAGCGCAACUGCCCUGCCCAACUGCUCUGCGCAACUGCCUCGCCCCAAUGCCCCCACAGCCCAGUAAAACUGCCCGACUGCCCUGCCCCGCCGGUCCCGCACCAACUGCUGCCCAUGUUCUGAUGUAUACCCACGAGCAAAUCUACAAACAAACACAAUGUGAUGGACUAGUUAGUGCAGUUAUUUCAGAAGUGAUUAAAGGUGUCUUUAUUAAAUUAGCCCAGAUAUUUGGCUUUAUUGAUUAAAUUACAGUGAGGUUUUGCAUUAUAAUUUAGGCCCAUUUAGUUCUACAGUGAUGCCCUGCAUUAUAAUUGUAGAGCCAAAUGAAACUUGAAAAAGCCCCAAAUUUGUUGAGAGGGCAGAUAUUGAGAAGUAAAGCUGAACAACAUCUUUCGUUAGCUUUUAUACAAGUGCAAACACCCGUCUAAAGCUGUCCAUUCUGUUGUGCAGAAAGCAUUAAUAUUCCACUGGAUGUCAAAUAAAGAGGAUUAUUCCAUUAGCAGGUCAAUGAAAACUAAAUCACGGAGCUCAGCUGGGAAAACAAAAUCUUUCCUAAACAUGCUCCCAGGACUAGGGGUGAAAAACACUGCUCGAGAACGGUAAAUGGACAUAAUUUACAUAUAUAGUGCUUUUUCCAGGAACUAGUCUUACAAUUAAUGCCUCUCUCUCACACACACACACACAAACCACAAACACAUACACACACACAAACACACCCAGGGCAGGGAGUUGAACCGGCAACUCUCAGCUUGCCAGACAAGUGCUCUGUGCUAAUAUCAACCACAUUAAGAGGAUGAGCAGAACAGUGAUCACUAGUGCUGGCCAGAAGAGCCACAGGAUCCGCUGUUCUCUCUUUUCCCCUUAAAACCUGCAGACAGUUCAGACCCCAGAAACCAGGUGAGCAGAGUGAACUGUGUUACUGACUGCUUCAUUAGACGCAUUGAGUGCCAAGUAACAACAACCCAGCAGAGCCUAUUAAUGACAAAUUGACACACUGCUGAAACUCUCAGCAUUGAUCCCACGAUAGAGCAGUGUCUGUAGAAUGAUAUACCAUACGAAGCUCAGGUGCUUUGAGCUUCAGAUCAGAUGAAGGUAACCCUGUGCUUUGUGUCAUGAGGCCUGAUAUGUCCAUUAAAAUAAAGCAUGUGCAGGUAGUCCAGACCAUCAGCAUUUCCUGUUCCCGUGAUAAAGAGCACUUACUGAC